GGGAGGUCCCCGCAGUCAUCCAAAUGCAGCCUCCUGAUUGGCAAGGGGUUUGCAGGAUUUAAGAAUUCUUAUUUAAAUAGGAAAAAAAAAAAAACUUCAAAUCACCCCUGACGGAGAAGGUUGGAGACGUCAUAGCUUCCAGUAAAGAAAAAUAAAACUGCACUCUUUCAAGGCAGAAGAAAACGGGCACUUUUAUAGGUGCUGUGAAGACAGUAAAAAUGUCAGGAGGAACGGCUCUUAUUUAUGAUGAGGAAAUGACCAACUAUAAGCUGCUGUGGCACUGUGAUGUUUGUGCUAUUGAAUGUCCAGAAAGACUGACUACCUCAUAUGAGCGACUGAAGUACUAUGGUCUGGAGGAGAGAUGUGUGCCAGUGCCAGUGAGACAAGCAACAGAAGAGGAGAUCCUGCUAGUUCACAGCCCUGAAUAUUUAGAAGCUGUGAAGACCACUCAGAAGAUGACUCUGGAGGAGCUGAAACAGUUUUCUAAGACUUAUGGUGACAUGUAUUUUCAUCAGAAUAGCUAUCACUGUGCCUUACUUGCUGCGGGGGCCACUCUACAGCUGGUCGAUUCUGUGGUGACAGGGAGAGUGCAGAAUGGAAUGGCACUAGUCAGACCUCCAGGGCACCACAGUCAGCGAAGUGAAGCCAGUGGCUUUUGUGUUUUUAACAAUGUUGCCAUUGCUGCAGAGUAUGCUAAACAAAAAUGUGGUUUUCAGAGGAUUCUAAUAGUUGACUGGGACAUACACCAUGGACAAGGCACUCAGUUUAUAUUUGAAGAUGAUCCAAGGGUCCUCUACUUUUCUUGGCAUCGAUAUGAACAUCAAGAGUUUUGGCCUAAUCUUAAGGAAUCUGACUAUGAUGCUGUCGGCAAAGAAAAGGGAGCAGGCUUUAAUGUUAACCUUCCAUGGAAUAAGGUUGGAAUGCAGAAUGCAGAUUACUUAGCUGUUUUUUUCCAUGUGCUGCUUCCGAUAGCUUUUGAGUUUAAUCCUGAGCUGGUUAUCGUGUCAGCUGGCUUCGACUCAGGGAUUGGUGAUCCUGAGGGUGAAAUGUGUGCCAUGCCUGAGUGCUUUGCUCAUCUAACAAACCUCCUCAUGUGCCUUGCUAACGGGAAGCUGUGCGUAGUGUUUGAGGGUGGCUACAAUCUGAAAACGUUAAGAGAAUCAGUAUGCAUGACAGUCCUCACUUUACUAGGAGACCCCAUUCCAAAAAUUACUGGAGAAAUGGUAGCAUGUUUAAGUGCUAUUGAGUCAGUUCAGAAUGUGAAAUCUGUACACCAGAAAUACUGGAAUUGUUUUAAAUACCAAGAGCUUCUCCCUGUACAGGAGCCCAGCACAAACAAACAGAAGGUAGAAAAAGAUCGUAACAGUGAUGAGAGUGGUACUGCUGGGAAUGAAAAUACCAACCCGUCUGACACGCCACUAAAGGAAUGUGACCCCUUCAGUGACUCUUACAUUACUCGUAUUCUACCCAAAGUACCUUCUGUUAGGACGGGAGCAGUUAUCUCAGGAGAUGAGUGCACUUUGCAGGACAAAACCGUACAAACAGAAGAAAAGAGUCUUACAAAGGAUGAUAUGGCAGCGUUUAUCAGCAUUUCUGAUUACAGAUGCCUAGAAGAUGAACAGACUUUGAUUUCUAUUGGAAGGAUGUGCUGUUUAACACAGAAAAUUGUGAAAAAGCAGGUAAGGAAUGGAUUUGCAGUACUACCCAAGAAUACUUCUGCCUCCUCACUUGCAGUAGCAUACAGUAUAGCAUCUGGAAUAAACAGAGUCCUGUAUGUAGUUGUUGGAGAAAUGGAUGUUCCAAAUGCAGUUACAGAUGAUGGCACAAUUCUUCUUCUUCAGUUUUCUGACAGUCAUAUGCCUGAUAAAGCAAACGCCAAGUAUGGCAUUUCAUUUGGUUGGAAAAAGCCUAUUAGAUACAACAGCGAAUUUCUUUAUGUACUUUUUGAAAUUAUCUUGCCACUGGCUUAUGAAUAUUGUCCUGAGUUGGUCAUCAUUGAUUUGGGAUCAAAAUGUGAUUCAACUGUAGGUUUUCUGCUCAUCCACCUAUUGCAAGGGCUGGCUGAAGGUCGUACUCUUGUAAUUGUUCAGGACUCUGAAAUGAACCUUGUUGACAUGGUUGCCAAUACCCUGCUUGGCAAGACAACACCUCUGCCUGAGAUUUGCAUUCCUGCAUCAUGGGAAAAUAUAUCUGACUUAGAAAGACAAAGACAGGAGCUUCAAAAGGACUGGAAAAUGGUACAGUAUUCAGUAUGCUGAUAAGUUGGCACAAGUGCUGUUUUGGAAUUCCUGGAGAUACAUUCAGCUGCUGGUUUCACUCCGUACUGUUCACUGUGGGUGGAAAAUUAGUGCAUUACAAAAUGCAGAGCAAAAGUGUGCCAGGCACUACAUAUUCUGAAAAAUCUCAGUAUUUCAGAAUUGUUAGAGCACUUUUGUGAUCAUGUUUUUGCAAAUGUAUUAUUGUGUAUGUGAUUUUAGACAGGAAUGAUUAUGGGAAUAUUAUGUUUAGUGGUUUUUAAUGACGAAGAUUGCAAUGCUUUCGAAAUCAUCUGUAUCUGGACAUUAUGGUCCUUCUUUAUAUGUUUACUUACUGCUCUGUAGCAAAAAGGGAAGAACAUCUAGCAACAGAAAACACAAAGGCACUGCAGCACAGAAGUGAUGUACUACCCUUGAUUGGCCCCAACUCCUUAUGAAAGGCUGUUAUUAGUCCAAAAGCUAAAAUGAUUGUAAAACCUAUGCUGGCCAAAUUAUAUUAUACGUCCAUGUUCCAAUAUGUUUGUGCUUAUUAGUCAAUAUAAUUCUCAGACUAUAUGUCUGAAACAGCCAAUAAAAUAUCUCACAUAAUAAAAGGCAUCAGUUCCUUCCUCAGUGGUGUACACGAUACUUGAAAUCCUUCAUUUUCUGUGCAUCUUCCUGCCCCCAGUAUACUUCAAAGGAAUAAAAUGGAUAGCUGGCCUGGAGAAAGGUGCCUUAGAGGAUGAAGGACUGGCUGUGGGACAUGGCAGAUGGUUCAACAGCUGCAAGAAGGUAUCAAAACAAGGCAUAAGUUACAGGCCACAUUUCAGCCAAAAUAGUUUGUUUUCUACCAGGAUUAUAAACUGUUUGGAUGUUAAUCACACCAGCUACCUUUAUCAGAAGUGGCGAAAUUCUUUAAUUACGUGGACUUCAUAAAGUAAUGUCAACUAUAACUGAAUGACCAAAAAGUAAAAUAUAAUUAAUUCUAAUCAGUAUUUUAAUUUUGAUUUCUAUUCUGUUUAUAUGAAAUAAAAUGUAAGACUUAUGUUUUUAUUGUAGAAAAA